AUGACCAUGAAAUAUCAGAUAUAUGAAGAGGACGCUCUAUCCACUGUCAUUGGAAACCUGGCAAAGGACAUGUCCUUAAAUAUCUCAGAUGGCUCUAAGACCAAUUUCAGAAUGAUGAAGCAGUUCAAUGCAUCUUUUAUUAGACUCCGAGAAAAAGACGGACAGCUAACAAUUGGAGAACGAAUAGACAGAGAAAAAAUAUGUAAGCAUACAAUGCAGUGUCUCAUUUCAUUCGACGUUGUGAGUAUCUCGAAUGAGCAAUUUAAAUUAAUACAUAUUGAAGUGGAAGUAAAGGACAUCAACGACCACGCUCCCGAGUUCCCCAGAAAGGAAUCCACUUUGGAAAUUUCAGAAAACGCAGUACUCGGCACUAGAAUUCCUAUAGAUGUUGCUAUGGACGAGGACGUGGGUUCGAACUACAUUCAGAGCUACCAAAUAUCAGUCAACAGUCACUUUACCAUUGAUGUGUUGAGCAGAGCUGAUGGAAUUAAAUAUGCAGAGUUGGUGCUAAUGAAAGAAUUAGACAGGGAGACACAUGCCUCCUAUGUUUUGGAGCUCGUCGCAACAGACGGAGGAAAUCCAUCAAGGUCCAGCAGCACAAAAAUCAAGGUCAAAGUAAAAGACUUUAACGACAAUAGCCCUGUGUUCGACCGGAACAGUUUUUCAGUAGAUAUACUGGAGGACGCGCCGGUGGGAUUAUUGCUUGUAGACUUUAACGCGGUUGAUCCAGACGAGGGUUUGAAUGGGGAAGUUGUGUAUGGGUUCGGGAAUCAGGUGCCCUCAGAGAUCCGGCAUCGUUUCAGUGUUGACAGAAAAUCCGGGCGGUUGAUGCUCGAGAGCCCGAUUGAUUUUGAGAGCAAAAAAACCUAUGAGUUCGACAUACUGGCAUCCGACUUGGGUCCUAAUCCGAGCCCAUCCAUCUGUAAAGUUGUUGUUCAUGUGCAGGAUGUGAAUGACAACGCACCAGAAAUCACCAUUACCCCCAUGACUUCAGUCACCGCGGGAAUAGCGUACAUCACAGAGGCUGCUGCUAAAGAAAGCUUUGUGGCUCUUGUCACCAUCGCGGACAAGGACUCCGGCGCAAACGGAGAUAUUCAUUGUACCCUCUAUGGGCACAAUCACUUCAAACUCCAGCAAGCCUACGAGGACAGCUUUAUGAUUGUAACGACAUCUCCACUUGAUAGAGAAAAAAUUGCAGAGUAUAACUUAACGGUUGUAGCCGAAGACCUGGGAUCACCUCCGUUCAGAACAAUUAAGCAGUAUACUAUAAGGUUGAGUGACGAGAAUGACAACGCCCCUGUGUUCAGUAAACCAGUCUUUGAAGUCUCCUUGAUGGAGAACAAUGCACCAGGCGCAUAUAUCACAACUGUGGUGGCCAGAGACCUUGAUAAAGGGCAAAACAGCAAAAUUAGCUAUAAGCUCUUGGACACCUACAUCAUAGGCUCUCCAGUGUCAACUUUUGUCUCUCUAGAUCCAGCUACAGGCUCGCUCUAUGCGCUCAGAAGUUUCAACUUUGAGGUCCUCAAACAGCUAAAGCUACAUAUUCAAGCAAGUGACGUAGGCUCGCCCCAACUCCAAGGCAGUGCAAUUAUUAAUCUAAAAAUAGUUGAUCAGAACGACAAUGCUCCCUCUAUCACACAGCCUGCGCUAAUUAAUAAUUCUGCCGAGGUUCUACUGCCCAAAGACGCGCCUUCGGGUUACGUUAUAACCCAGGUACAUGCUAGGGAUGCUGACGAAGGUGUCAAUGCAGAAUUGUCGUUCAGAAUCUCCGAAGGAGUCGCUUCUGUGUUCUCAAUUAACAGAGCCACUGGAGAAAUUUUUCUGAAUCAUGAACUCAGCUACGAAGUUUACGAGAACUUGAGAAUAACAGUAACUGUCAGUGACAACGGGACACCUUCCCUAACCACAGCAGUCACUAUCAAUUUCCUAAUAGCAGGAUCUCUCCCCAGUGACCGCAAUGUAUUCAGGAACAAAAUAGAUGAAGAGACUCAGGAAGGGGAUCAUUCAAUCAUUAUAAUUGUCGUACUGGCGGGGAGCUGCACACUACUACUUUUAGCCAUUAUUAUAAUAGCGACUACUUGUAAUAAACGAAAGGUGGAUAAUCGAGGCCGCCAUUCUGGAAAGGAGGAGAGGCAGUGA